CAUCCUGAGCUUCUUCAAGGUCGUGACUGCUCCGUGUUGUACAAAAUGCAACCAGCCCCAGAUGGGCUGAGAGCCUUUGGACUCUUCUUACAUCCAUGGAUCUUUUCCUCAAAUCUACAUUGCCCGCUAUUCAUCUCAUCCACGAACACGACCAGACAUGGAGACCGACGCCAAAGUCCAAUCACUCAUCGGUUCCGGCCCGCCUGCCUCUGUAAAAGGGCAGAUGGCAGUGAUGCGAUGGGCCAAGCAGAACCCACCUCAAGACCCAAAAUCAUCAUUUGCGGGCAAGACAGUGAUCAUCACGGGCUCGAAUACCGGAAUCGGCCUGCCUGCUGCCACCAAAUUCGCUGCCAACGGUGCUUCCAAAGUAAUCCUUGCAGUGCGUACUCUCUCCAAGGGAGAAGAAGCCAAGCGCUCCAUCGUCACGGAGACUGGCUGCAAAGCCGAAGUCAUUGAUAUCCUCAAGCUUGACAUGAGCGACUGGACAUCUGUCAAGACAUUUGCCAAAGACGUUACCAGCCGAUACGAAGAGGUUCAUAUCGUAGUAUUGAAUGCAGGGGUCGCACCUCCAUAUUAUGUCGAGAAUGAGAAGACGGGCUACGAGACGGCCCUGCAGGUCAAUAUCCUAUCGACAGCCUAUCUGGCGAUGCUACUGCUUCCCAGCUUGAAGAGCAAUGCGUCCAAGGGUGCUCCAGGUCAACUCACUAUAACUGGCAGCUUCGCUAGCAAGUACAUCACGCCUACAGACGCUGCAGUCAAGAGUGGUCAGACAUUGAUCGACAAGCUGAAUGACCCUGCUGCUUUCAAGGCCGCGAAGACGUACGGGUUGAUCAAGCUGAUCACGCAGUACAUACGACAAGGCCUUGUUGACGACUUCUCUAAGGACGACCAAGGAAAUGCCCACGUCUUCAUCAAUGUUGCAUGCCCCGGGUACUGCACCACAGAUCUCGGGAGAGACUUCCCAUGGUAUCUUGCGAUGCCAACAAAGUUGAUGCAAAUGUUCGUGGGACGCACAGCUGAGCAGGGAGCUCGCGAGUUGGUCAGCGCCACGCUCCUCGGCAAGAUCGGUCACAACCAAUUCUGGUCUAAUGACACUUUGGAUGAUCCAGGUGAGAUGGUCACUAGCGACCAGGGGAAGAAGCUGCAGGCACAGACAUGGAAUGAGAUCUGCCGGAUCUGUGAGACGCAGAGUUUGUGAGGUGAUAAGACCAGGCGUCGAGCGGAAUGGCUGGGUGUUUGAGCGACUUGUAUUCGGUUUUGAUUGACUUUAUAUUGGGUCUCAAAUCCAGGUCUUCCACAUACGACCAUAGGACACUGAGAAUUAGGCUUCCCGUCCGCUCAGCCAUAUACAA